GCGGUUUCUGGAGCGGAUUGGAAACCUGGAGUCAGGAUUUGGGUGUUCGCGUGCAGGCGGCUGGAAAACAGGAAUGGCUGUGCAGACACCAGACGACUUCAUCUGGUGUGAGGACUGUGCUCAGUAUCAUAACUCUGAGUGUCCUGAGCUCGGCCCAGUGGUCACUGUUCGAGACUCGUUUGUGUUGAGUCGAGCUCGGUCGUCUCUGCCAGAAAGUCUGGAGAUCAGGGCGGCUGAAGGAGGGGCAGAGGGAGUAUUUGUCCUCCAGCGGCUCAUCAAGAGGACACGCUUCGGUCCAUUCGAGGCCAAACGUGUCACCCAGCUGAACACACACACACCCUUCCCUUUAAAGAUCUUUCAGACUGACGGCUCGGUGGUGUGUUUGGACACAUCUAACGAGGACGACUGUAACUGGAUGAUGCUCGUCAGACCUGCGACUGAUUAUACACACCAAAACCUCACAGCCUACCAACAGGAUGACGAGCUGUACUUCAACACCUCACAGGAUGUGUUGCCAGGUGCAGAGCUCAGAGUGUGGUAUGGAGCUUUCUAUGCCAAAAAGAUGGAGAAACCCAUACUGAAGCCUCCUGUAGCACCUCCACAGACAGGGUUAUUGUGUGGAAAGGCAGCUGGAGACGAGGAGAGAGCAGCACUAAGGGCGCCCCCUGUGGCCAUAGACUGUAACACAGAUCAUGAUGCUCCUGUCUCACCUGCUCCUGUCUCACCUGCUCCUGUCUCACCUGCUCCUGUCUCACCUGCUUCUGUCUCACCUACCGCCGUCUCACCUGUCCAGCAGGUAGCAGUGGACGUUUCUCCUAAAGCUAACACUACACCUGCACCUACAGAGCCAAGAAAACGCAUGAACAGACAUCGCAAAGCAAAGGGAGACACUGACCUCAGAAAAGACGCCCCUGCAUCAGGACCAACAGUGAGGGAUGUUCAGGAUCUUGUAAGGAACAGAGGAGAUCUGUCAAUCAAACCAAACCGACACACACGCUGUCUUGUCACCAGCGGAAAGUCAGUAAUGAGGAAGCGUGUUCUGAAGAGUGGAGAUCAUAAGCGAGUGUAUCAGUGUAUCCUGUGUAAUAAAGUGUUUCAGAACAGCAGCAACCUGAACCGACAUGUCCGCUCUCACGGGGAUAAACUGUUUAAGUGUGAUGAGUGUGAUAAGAUGUUCAGCCGUAAGGAGAGUCUCAAACAACACAUCUCCUACAAACACAGCAAGAAUGAGUCGGAUGUGGAGUACAGGUAUAAGUGUAAGACGUGUGAGAAAUCAUUUCGAGUAGAAAACGCCCUGAAAUUUCACAACUGCAGGACAGAUGAUAAGACGUUUCAGUGUGAGCUCUGCUCCAGGUUUUUCUCCACCAACAGUAAUUUGUCCAAACACAAGAAGAAACAUGGUGAGAAGCUCUACGCCUGCGAGGUGUGUAACAAAAUGUUUUACCGUAAAGACGUGAUGCAGGACCACCAGAGACGCCACGUCAUGGGCUCGAAAAACAUGAAGAGAGAAGAGAUAGAAGCAAACGGUGAAGAAGCGAUAAAAUACCGGAAGGAGCCAUCGGCGUGUCCCAUCUGUGGGAAGGUGUUUUCCUGCCGGAGCAACAUGAACAAACACCUGCUGACUCAUGGAGACAAAAAGUACACGUGUGAGAUCUGUGGCCGCAAGUUCUUUCGUGUCGACGUGCUAAGAGACCACAUACACGUCCACUUCAAGGACAUUGCAUUAAUGGAUGAACAGGAGCGAGAGAACUUCAUUAAGAAGAUCGGAAUAUCGAUGGAUGACAGUGAGGGAAACUCAGAUGAUGAGGAUGAGAAGGACGAUCCAGAACAUCACAAAUACAGCUGUAAAAAAUGCCAGAUGACGUUUGCUAAGGGUCGUGAUUAUCUGAAGCACAUCAUGGAGAUGCAUAAAGAGCGCGGCUACGGCUGUGUGAUCUGUAACAGACGCUUCGCUCUCAAGGCCACCUACAACGCUCACCUGGUUAUUCACCGAGAACAGCUUCCUGACCCUGCUGUGCAGAGGUACAUCCACCCUUGUGACAUGUGCGGGCGCAUCUUCAACAGCAUCGGCAACCUGGAGAGGCACAAGAUCAUCCACACAGGUGUAAAGAGUCACAGUUGUGAUCAGUGUGGAAAAUCAUUCGCUAGGAAGGACAUGCUGAAGGAGCAUCUGAGAGUUCACGAUAACAUCCGUGACUUCCUGUGUGCCGAGUGUGGGAAAGGUAUGAAGACGAAACACGCCCUGCGGCACCACAUGAAGCUCCACAAGGGUAUUAAGGAGUAUGAGUGUAAAGAGUGUAACCGCAAAUUUGCUCAGAAAGUCAACAUGCUGAAACACUACAAGAGACACACAGGUAUAAAGGACUUCAUGUGUGAGCUGUGUGGGAAAACGUUCAGCGAGAGAAACACGAUGGAAACACACAAACUCAUUCACACAGUGGGGAAGACGUGGUCAUGCUCGGUGUGUGAUAAGAAGUACGUGACGGAGUACAUGCUGCAGAAACACGUGCAGCUCACACAUGAGAAGGUGGAGGCUCAGAGCUGCCACCUGUGCGGCACUAAAGUAUCCACACGCGCCUCCAUGAACAGACACAUACGCCGUAAACACCCUGAGGUGGUGACGGUGAGAGUGGAGUAUUUGGAUGAUUUUUCAGAAGCCGCAACGAUUGACACCUCAUCCAUAAGUAUAGCCCAGCCUCCUCUCUCCACAGUAAAAACCCACAGGAACUCGAGCCCCAUGAAGAAAAAACAGAAGAUUCAGGAGUCGAUUCUCUCGGAUUCGGUUGAAUACGGAGAUUUAACCAGGAAACCCACCGACUUUCCCACGGCAACCGAGACCACGGCAACAACGGGAGACGAGACCAACUCUGCCGUGCAGAAUUUACAACAGGUGGUGGUGUUAGCCGAGCCCAGCGCUCCUCCCACCACCACGGUGAGUUUGACCAACAUCAGAGUGACUCCCAUCAACACAGCAGCUCAGUUCACCAGCCUGCAGCCCGUCACUGGGGAGCGACCUUUGACCCUGGACAGCGGUAUUCUCACUGUGACCUUUGACCCAGUCACCGGCUCCGGUGUGCAGGCGGACAGUGUCAACUCUCAAUCCGUCGCUCACUUCAUCAACCUCACUACCUUUGUCAACCCCAUCACACACUCUCUGGAGGCCUGGAGACCCAUCACUAACGCAGAGUCGAGUCACGUCAACGCCGACUCGAGUCACGUGACUACCGGCGCCGAUCAUGUGACACCGGACGGAAAUCAGGUGACCGCAGCACUGACGGUGGGCGGAGCCCAGGCUGAGUCUCAGGACCCCCAGAACCCCCAGGACCCAGAGGCUCAGCUUCCACCAGAAUCACAGCAACACCUCGGGGAAAGCCAUCAAAUCCAACCCCAGGCUUCGAGGCCUACGCAGCCUCCGGUCGCAGCGCCGCAGAUGUUCAGCUACUGACAGCAGAAGCCUCAUAAUUACUCUUAAACUCGCGCUCGACCGAACGCCUCGGACUGAUCAAUAAAUUAUCUUUUAAUUCACUGAAGAAUCGAUUAAAAGCUAAGAGGAAGAAUGUAGCAGUUCAGAUGAAUUCUGGAAGACUUUCCACUCGCUCACUAUGUCCUGCACUUCCACGUACAAAAGCCAAAGCUGGAUGUGUUUCUUAUUUCCUUUCGUUUCUGUAGAAAACAGAUGCAUGUGAUGAAGCUGCAGCAUUGUGAGAGGAGCAGUGACACCUUUUUGUUUCCGUUGUUGGAAAAAAGAUACACAGAUGAUGUGAACGGAUUUCUCUGAAAAGAAGAAACAAAGUCUUACUGGGUUAAUCCAUUUUUUAUCUUUUUUUUUCUUUCUAAAAACAGAUCAGUAGCCAAUAAACAGGAUUUCAGUAGCAGCAGUGGA